AUGAGAGUAUAUCGAUUUGAGUUAACUCCACAUUUUCUUAAGGGCAUAAGCAAUGUUUUCGCAGGAUUCUUCAUUAUGCUUUUUGAUAGCUCUAUCGAUGAAAGCACUGCAUUUAUGAUUUUGCCUUGCGAGAUUUUAACAAUGACUGUAUUGUUUCCUUUUGGAAGUUGGCUAGCAAAGAGAAUUGAUGGAAGAAUUUAGCUUUCAAUCGGUUGUGUGAUAGGUUUGUCUACAGCUCUAGCUUCUUCUUACUGUACAAACUUUUGGGCCUUCUUCGUAUUGUAUGCAGGAGGUUUUGGUGUUUGUAAUGGUUUCGCAUAUGUCGUUCCAGUGUACAGUGGGUGGCGUUACUUUAAAGAUAACAAAGGUUUAGUAACAGGAAUCGUUCUCUGUGGGUUUGGUUUCGGAGCUUUCUUCUUUAAUUUGAUAUCAACUGCUGUUGUGAAUCCAAAAGGAUUAGAUUCUAAAGAUGGAUUGUUUCCAGCUGAAGUAGCAAAUAAUGUUCCUAAAAUGAUAAGAGUGCUCACAAUAUGCUGGGCUUGUAUCUCUGCUAUAUCUAUUCUUUUAUUCUUCCCUUACUAAGAACCUCCAAAAUAACAAUAAGCAAUAUCUAGAGGGGUAACAAUGGACGAUGAGAAACUUGAAAAUCUAAAACGAAAAUAGCUUAAUCAGAGAAAGAGAUUCCCGAAAGUAAAGUAACUCUUGGCCAAUGUCUUCGUUCAAAGUAUUAUGGGGUAUUUUGUUAUCAAUACUUUUAAAUCAUUUGGGCAAAAGCAUAUUAAUGAUGACAAGUUCUUGACAAUAGUGGGUUCUGUGUCUUCGGUAUUUGGAGGACUUAGAUUUAUAUGGUCAUACUUUGUAGACUUUACUAAUACAUUUAGAAAGCCCUAUUUUAUACUCUUAUGUGUUUAACUUAUCUUUGGCUCUACUCUUGUCCUAGUGAGUAAUAUUGAAUCGCUAUUUUUUAUUUGGGUUUGCAUCAUAGUUUGGUGCGAAGGUGGCCACUUCUCUUUAGUCCCAACUGCUGUGGCUAGAAUGUUUGGUGAGCACGCACCGAUCGUUUAUGGCUUCGCAUUUUCUUUUGGAAGUAUACCGCAAAUUAUAAGUAGUAUCAUGGUUAAAUUCUAUUUGAAAGAUAUUGGGUAUGAUGCUUUUUACUAUGCAAGUGCUGCAGCUACUUUAAUAUCUUUGAUCAUAUUAAUCUUUUUCUUUGAGGAAAAAAAGGUGUGCUGA